AUGUUUAAGUUAUCGAGCAGGUUAGGUCGAAACUGGGUUAAAAAUAACAAGGUAAAGCAGUUUUCUGCCGGUGCUGCAAAGAAGUAUUCCUCUAGAGCAGGCUCGGACAUACAAGAGUCUUUCAAGACCAAAAAAGGGUUGUGGUUAGGAAUUGAAGCUAAGGAGGGAGUUCCAGUAGAAGAAGUUGAAAAGCAUGCGAAUAAUAAGAAUGGAGAAGUUUGGGUUGUGAUUAAUGAUAAGGUUUAUGACUUGAGUGAGUUUUUGAAAGCUCAUCCUGGUGGUCCGCAGAUAAUCAAGAAAUACGCUGGUAAAAACGCUAGUGAAAUCUUCAAUAAGUAUCAUCCUCCGGAUGUUAUUGAGAAAAUGCUACCACCAUCAAAAUAUCUAGGACCUUUACAUGGUGAAAUGGAGGUUGCUCCAGACAUAACAUCAGUAGAUGAUGAAGAAUUAAGGAAUUACAAAAUUCAAAAUAAGCCUGCUUUAUCAAGAAUUUAUAAUAUUUCCGACUUUGAAUACGUAGCCAAACAAGUUAUACCAACCAAUGCCUGGGUUUACUAUAAUGGGGGAUCAGAUGAUGAGAUUACCUUAAGAGAAAAUCAUUAUGCAUACGGUAGAAUUUAUUUCAAACCAAAAGUUUUGGUUGAUGUUAAUGAUGUUGAUAUUUCAACAGAAAUGUUAGGGGUCAAAACUUCCGGGCCCUUCUACUGUAGUGGUGCUGCUCAAGCCAAGUUGGGCCAUGAGGAAGGGGAAUUAAGUAUAGCAAGAGGCUGUGGCCGUGAAAAUAUCAUCCAAAUGAUUUCGAGUGCUGCUUCUUAUCCCUUGGGUGAUAUCAUUGACGCCGCUUUAAAAGGUCAAAAACAAUGGUUUCAAUUAUAUGUUACCGAGAAUAGACAAGCUUCAUUUGAUACUAUCAAAUAUUGCGAAGAAAAAGGCAUUGGUGCUAUUUUUGUGACUGUUGAUACUCCUCAACUAGGUAGAAGGGAAAAAGAUUUGAGAAUAAGAUUUGCAACCGAUGAUGAUGAAGAAGAAGAAGAAGAAGAAUUCAUGUCCUCAUCUGAACUCGGCGAAAAAGAUCCCAUUUACUAUAAAGAUGCUAGUUUAACUUGGAAAGAUAUUGACGACUUCAAACAAUCUACAAAAUUACCUAUUGUAUUAAAAGGAGUUCAAAGAGUUGAAGAUGUCUUAAUCGCUAUUGAACAUGGUGUGGAUGCAGUAGUUCUUUCGAACCAUGGUGGUAGACAAUUAGAUUACUCGAGGGCACCAGUAGAAGUAUUAUCAGAGCUCAUGCCAGUUUUGAAAGAAAAGCAGCUUGAUAAUAAAAUAGAAGUUUAUAUAGAUGGUGGUAUUAGAAGAGGUACAGACGUCCUUAAGGCAUUAUGUUUGGGUGCGAAAGGUGUCGGCUUAGGUAGACCAUUUUUAUACGCUAAUUCUGCUUAUGGAGAAAAAGGUGUUGUUAGAGCUAUUCAAUUAUUGAAAGAAGAAUUGAUUUGUGAUAUGAAGCUUUUAGGUGCUAAUAAAAUAUCAGACCUCACCCCUGAUUUGCUUGAUACUAAAAGUUUACAUAUUAAACAAGCUCAUAGAGAUUUAUUAUAUGAUAAUGCGUAUGAUCCUUUGACUCCUCCUCGCUUCAAAGACGAACCUUUAAAUUAG